AUGGAUAGAAAGGAAGAUGCCUCUGACGCCAGUCUGUACGCCAUCGUUAGUGGUCAUCAAAGCGGCGGACCAGUAAAUACACAUACAUGGAUACUUUCACAAAUGAGAGACCGGCUUGAUCAUCCUCCGGAUGCCGAGCCACUGCGGAAGCAAUGGGCCUUGGCCAUGGUCGGAGCCUCGUCGAUGGCGAGGGCUCUGGGAAAUUUUGGCGAAGCGGAAGAUAUGGCAAAAAGAGCCAAACAGACGCUCGAGGUUUUAUUCGGAGACGACAGCUACGAGACAACAAAGGCCGCCGAAGAAGUCGCAGAAGCCUACUUCGCCCAGGGACGCUUCGACCAAGCUGUAGUUCUGCAAACUGAUAUUCUCGGGCGCCGAGAGAAUCAAUUUGGGCCGGACCAUUUAGAGACUUUAAGGGUGAAAGCCACCCUAGCCCGGAUAAUUUGGUCCCAAGGUCUGUACAGCGAGGCAAGAGGCCUUGUGCUUCAAUUGAGGCAAACUUCUGAAGCAACAUAUGGCACAGACCACCCUUUCACGGUCAGUGUUAAAGGCCACUUGGCGGAUAUAGACUCGUGCGAAGGCCAAUGGCAAAAUGCAGAGAAACUUCAACUUGAAGUCAUGGACUGGUGCAGACAUCACUUGGGCCAAGAUCACCCGCAGACUCUGCAUGCCAUGUUUGGUCUGUCAAGAACAUAUCGCAACAAGGGCCAACUGACGGCAGCAGAAGGGCUUCAAUCGAGGGUACUUAGCCUCAGAAGAACGAUCCUUGGCUCAAACCAUCUUGAUACAUUAGCCAGUAUGGAUGAUCUGGCAUUGAUAUACCUAGAGCAAUCUCGCUGGAAGGAAGCAGAAUGGCUACUCGUUCAGGUUUUGGAGAUGAGGAAGGGAGAGUUGGAUAAAAGCCCAACCAGACUAACCAGUGAAACUGCUCUGGCAGUAGCAUACAGGAAUCAGGGACGUCUCAAAGAGGCCGAAGUCUUGGGAUUGAAAGCUCUCACAGGAACAAGGAUGAUAUAUGGAGAAGAUGCUCGCCAAACCUUUGGAUGCAUGUCAAACUUAGCAGCAACCUAUUUUGACCAAGGACGCUUCAACGAAGCAGAGGCCCUCUUGGAGAAGGCUCUAGAGAUUGGGCAGAAGACUUUGGGAAAGUUUCAUCUGCGUACGAUGAGCAUUUUAUUUGACCAUGCUCGGGCUGUUUGGAGCCAAAACCAAGAUGGGGAGGGCGAAACAUUGAUGUUGCGAGCAGCGGAAACUCAGACCAAGGGUCUUGGGGAGAACCACGCCGUGACCUUGAUUACUAUGGAACUAAUAGCGGAUAGGUAUGAAGACCAACAACGCUUUAGGGAAGCAGAGCCAAUAUUGUUGAAAGUUAUUGAGUCAAAAAAGAAAACGCUGGGAGCGACACAUCCAGGCACAUUAGAUGUGAAGGCCAAGUUAGCUCGGUUAUACUACAAACAGGGGCGCUUGGGAGAAGCGGAGCAACUGGAGAUCCAGGUCAUGAGAGAGAGUCAACUGGUACUGGGGCCCAACCACCCACUGACGUUGUCACUCAUGAACCAAAUGUAUCAUGUAAUACAUGGAAGAAACCAAGGCGAGAGAUUGAAGCACUCUUCCUCUUGA